UAAAACCUAGCUAGCAAAGUGACCUUUUUGUUCCAGCAACAAUGGCCUGUUGGCUGUUGUGCUCUUUGCUCUUUGCAAGGACAUUGUUCAAUUCCAGUGAACGGAAGCACAAUUAUCGCAAAGCUUUAAAAGUCCCAUUGAUUGUACAGUACAGUACACCAGUUCCUCCUGAUUUCAGGUCUUCUUCGUUGUUGUUUCAAUUGACUUGUUGGUAUCAUGUCUGGUUCCUCCUUUGGUGCUCAUGGAGCCAAUGCCUUUGCCAGUUUUCCCGGUCUGACCUCGUCGAAUGGCGGUCUUGGUCCAUCUCCAGCCCCAGGUGCUGGGGGUGGUGGAGUUGGAUUGCCAUCAUCUCUAAACUCCUCAUCGUCAGGUGGUGGUGGUCAGCAUGGACCGGCAAUAGAGUCAUUGACCCUGACGGCUCAGAGUGUGGGACUGUCGAUUGAACAACUGGCCACGGCCUUGUCGGCUUCUCCCAAUUUGAAGACGCUCUCGAAUGACAGUGGAAUCAUCACUGAUAGUCAAAAGGAGCUGGCACUCUCCUUAUACCGAACCGAGUCGCUGGCUCUCUAUCGUCGUUGCAUGUUAUUGGCUGGGUUUGACACGGAUGCCAUUGAAGAGCAAUCCCCCGAGUACCAGCAAUUCGCCUUCCGGGCCUGGCAGGAAGAAGGACGGCGCUUGCAAGAUUUGAUGGGCAGAGAGAUGUCUUUGCAAGCGCCAGUGGUAGCCAAUCUGCAACAAGAAGCAGCACAAGCCAAAGCCCAUGCUCAAGUCCAGUCUCAAAUUCAAGCCAAGGCUGUCCAGGCACAGGCACAAGCUCUGGCACUCGAACAACAACAGCAGCAAAAUCAACAACUCUUCUUACAAAGUCGAUUGCAGCAACAGCAAAAUGGUGGUGGACUCAACUCACUUUUAUAUAACAGCUCGGCUGGUUCGUCUCAACAACUAUACAAUGAUGCUGUCCAAAAGAGAUUUAAUGGAAUGCACAAGCCAGGGCAAUCCUUCAUGUAAGGGACGGAUAAUUUUACUAACAAAAGCACAACAUCACACAGGAUCGCAGUACACAAAGCAGAGACAAACCCAGUGACAAUAAAAACAUAUAAACGCAGCAAAUUGGAGAAUCACCUUUGUCACCUUCUUACUCACAGACCAAGCAACGUAGUGGACUGUAGACUGCCGAGAGUUCGCUACUGGUGGCUACACAUACCAUAAUGGAAAAUAAAACGGUGCCACGUCUAAAUGUUGGCCUAUCAGUAUAGGAUUUGUAUCGGUUUCC